AUGUGGGCAGCAUUGGCAGCAUUCAAGGGUGACCGUGACCCUCAGAGGACACAUCAUGCAAUUUAUCCCAGCAAUUCCGACGAUGGCAACCGUUCCGAGGAUUCCAAUGCGGAUUAUGAUUCUCCGAUGGAUACCGAAUCCGACGGUGGCAACAACGCUGCAAUUGAGGCAAGACCGGCGCGAAAAUAA